AUGCUUUGGAUCGGUCUGGGCUGCGAAGAAAUGAAGGAGAAAACAUCAGCAGCAGCAUCAUCAACAGAGGACAUUUACAAAAUCAUCAGAAGCAACAACAUUAACAUUCAACAUAACAAUAGAGAAUCGUGUAGUGAAAUUAUUACACAGUCAGCACACAAACAACAAACACAGACCCAACAGCAACACCAACGUAAACAACCAACGUCCCCUCGUCAACACAUGGAACAUCAAUCCGUGCAGAAAUCACCCCCAUUCAAAUGCACAUCACAACAAGAUUUUCCAUCCACAUCAUCAGCGCUCCAACGUCGCAAAUUUAUUAUUGGUAGUUUAUUAUUAGUAAUUUGUGUUUUAGUAAGAGCUGCAUUUUUGACACUUUUAGAACGAAAGGUAUUAGGUUAUAUUCAAAUUCGUAAGGGACCUAAUAAGGUAGGAAUUAUAGGAAUUCCUCAACCUUUUUGUGAUGCAAUUAAAUUAUUUACUAAGGAACAAACUUAUCCAUUAUUAUCAAAUUACAUUUCUUAUUAUUUUUCUCCUAUUUUUUCAUUAUUUUUAUCUUUAUUGGUAGAAUAUGUAUACCUUUAUUUAUUAACUGAAAGAAAUCGUACACCUUUUGAUUUUGCUGAAGGUGAAUCGGAAUUAGUUUCUGGAUUUAAUAUUGAAUAUAGAAUAGGAGGAUUUGCAUUAAUUUUUUUAGCUGAAUAUGCAAGUACUUUAUGUAUAAGAAUGUUAUUGUGUGUAAUAUUUUUAGGGACUUAA